AUGUUGAAUGAGCUGACAGAUUGUGAACGCGACGGGGAAUUGCGGCUCGUGCGUGAUAGUAAAGAUGCUUCUGCUCCGUCGGAGAUCCGCGUCAUCACGAGGGACGUCAACUCGAGCAAGGCCAGAGCUCUCGGCGGCUUACCAGGCGUCAAGUUGUUUGAAGCUGACAGCUGCAACCCCUCCAGCUUGGUGGAAGCUUUCAGAGAUGUGCAGCGAGUCUUCGUCGCCCUCCCACAAGCGCUGCCUGCCGAGCAGAUGGUGUCGGUAGGGAAUGGCAUAGCCGACGUAGCGAAAGCCUGCGGAGUGAAGUUGAUCGUGAGAAUUUCUUCCCUUGGAAUCGACUCAAUGUCAACACCUUUCCUUGAGGACCAGGGUCCACUGGGAAAUUCACAUGUAGCAUGCGAGGAGCACAUCAAAAGCAUCGGGCUGAUUGUUACCUCCAUCCGUCCAACUUCAUUCUUCACAAACUUCAACUACGACUUGCCUGGUAUCCUGCAACACUCGCGUUUCUCCUCUCCCCUCGGAAAGUCAGCCAAGGUCAACUGGAUCAGCUUGACCGACAUAGGGAACGUCUCCGCGCGUGCCCUGACGCACCACGAGUGGGAUGGAAAAGUUCUGGACAUCACCGGGCCAGCUGUGGGUGAAGGUUGUGAGAACUGCCUCGGGGCGGUCGACAUGCAGAACUUGUUGACUGAGGUGGCUGAGGAGAUGCGGGGUUGA